AUGUCCUCCUCGCAGCCGGCUGACCGGCCAUGUGGGGUGUGUAGUGUACCGGACGCCAGCUACCGGUGUUCCAUGUGCCAGGUGUUCCGCUUUUGCAAGGUGGCCUGCUUCCGGAUACACAAGGAAACCUGCGCCCUGAAACGACCGGCACCCGAGAAUGACCCGGAUGCCAGCCCCGUCGCCAAGCGCCCGCGAGCAUUGGCUCGCCUCCCGGUUGGCCCGUUGGCCUCCUCUUCGUCCAAUCCAUUUGAUGACGGCAUUGACUCCUGGCGCGGCGCGUCUGAUCGUCAACUUGAUGAAGCCGUGACCAGCCCUGAGCUUCGCAAAAAGUUCGACAGCCUAUCGACCGAAGCGGCAGCCCGGCUGCGCAUGCUCGCCGGACAGAGCUCCCUGGCGACUGGGACGGCGUCGACACCGAGCCCAUACUUCCCGGCCACCGUUGGGGACUUCCGUGGCAGUCCCAUGGACCAGGCCCUUGUGGAGCUGCUGCAUCCUGAUGCGGCCACCAGCGCCGGGGGUGCCGCACGCAUGAGCCACUCGGAUCUGCGCGUUCAUCGGGAGAUGGUGGCCCUGCUGGAGGUGGCCAUCCGACAGGCUGGCUUCUCGGAGCUUCUUGGCGAUGAGGAUCUGGAUGGGCGGCCUGGCGCGGGUGGUGGCACCGGCGGCCGCGGCGCCACCUCCGCCCCUGGCCCGGUAGCUUCGCUGCUUCGCGAGCUCCUGGGCCAAGGUGGCGACCCCUCGCUGGACUGUGGCACUGCCCUUCCCCUGCCGCCGGGGCUGCGGCCGACCGCACCGGCAUCAUCACCGGCCACGGUCCGGGAAUUGACCAGCGAGUCGGCGGACAAGUCGACAGAUGCCCCAUGA